UUCACAUGACACAGCCCCCGUUCAACUCGCUAGCUAUUUAAUCUCUAUAGUUCAAAUUGUCCCAAGAUUUCGGCGAGGGAGAAGAGGAAAAGGGAUUUUAAGAAUGAAGAAAAUUACAACAAGUUUAAGGCUGUGUGUUUUGUUUGUAAUAUUGGAUGUUAUUCCUGUCAAUUCGACGUUACUUCAACCGCAGGGCCAAGCCGAAAUCAGUGAUAAAACUUUACUAAACUCGGACAAAACUAAAAAAGCGUUCAGUGCUUGGAAUGGUAAACGAGAAUCCGUUAUAGACAAUAAUAAAAGAGCUGCGUUUAGUUCCUGGAACGGAAAACGCGAUGAUUCUGAUCGGGAAACUCUAGAAAGUAAUAAAGAUAAACGUCCAGCAUUUAGUGCAUGGAGCGGGAAACGAGAUUCCGGAACCCACAAACGCCCGGCUUUCAGUGCAUGGAACGGGAAGAGAGAUAUGGACAACGAUAUUUAUGAUAAGCGGCCUGCGUUUAGCUCUUGGAGUGGCAAAAGGGACCCGGAGAUCGACGAACUAGAAAAGAGACCUGCUUUCAGCGCAUGGAAUGGCAAGAGAAAUUUGGAAGAAAAGAGACCCGCAUUCAGUGCUUGGCAUGGAAAACGCAAGGCUUGGUCUAAUCAAGAAGAGAAACGUCCGGCAUUCAGUGCGUGGAAUGGGAAACGCGACGGAUCCACAAAGCGAUCGACUUUUGGAGAAUGGAGUAUGAAAGCAGAUUCACCCCGAAUAGUAAAACGCGCCGCUUUCAGCCCCUGGGGUGGAAAGCGGAAUUCAGACUCGUAUAACACCGAUGAGGAAGAUUUAGACGAGAAAAGAGUAGCUUUCAGUUCUUGGAGUGGUAAGAGGGGUGAUGAAAUAACGGAAAUUAAAAGGCCAGCGUUUAGUCCAUGGGGUGGCAAGCGUAACGCGGAAUCAUCCAUUGACGACAGCGAUCUGGAAAGCGCCAACAGUGACGACGACGUUUGGUGGGAUUCCCCGCUUAAAAGAGCCGCUUUUAGCUCGUGGAAUGGUAAAAGGGACAUGAACGAAAUGAAAAGAGCACAAUUUGCAGCUUGGGCUGGAAAACGCGCAGAAGAAAACUUUUCUCGAAACUUAUUAAAUUAUUUGAGAACACCCGACAGUGAUAAUAACGGAGACUUUGCCCCUGUGAAAAGACAAACAGCACACCAAAUGGCACAGGAUAUGCAUUUUAUUCGAGCCUAUUUGACAAGACUUCUUAAAGAACGAGCCCUCAAACGAAGUUUUGGUGCGUGGAAAGGAAAAAGGGCCAAUGACUAUUAUUUGUCUGACUAAUAAUAAAAAUAACUUUUCUAACUUUUCCUCAUCUAAACUGAUUUAAAAACAUAAAUAUGCAGGAUUAGAUUAUGGAAAAUGGUUUUGUGAAAAGAAAAUCAGAUGGAAAAUGAACUAUAAUAUACACCAAGAGAUAAAGUUUCAUAAAACUAUCAUCUAAUACCCACAAUCGGCAAUCCUCCAUAGAUAUGUUCUGCUAUUUUUUUUCAAUUCUACAUCAUUUGGCUACUGAACAAGAACAAAUCACCUGUUUUGUCGGUAUUCUUCGGUAUUUUCCGGAAUUUAUUUUUGAAGAUGACAGUAAUGAUGUAGUUUAUAGUAGACCGACGUUUAGGCCACAGAGGCUAAAUGGGAGUUAACUUGCAUUGUAGCAAUAGGCACUAACUGGCAUAGUAGCAAUAGAUAUUAACUGGAAAAGUGCCAAUAGGAGCUAACUGACAUGGUGUCCAUGGGCGGUAACAAGCAUGGUACCAAUCGGAGAUACCUGGCAUAGUCCCAAUCGAAGCUAACUGGCAUAGUGUCAAUAGCUAGCUUUGACUGGAAUGGCUCCAAUAGAAAAUAACUGGUUUGGAGCUAUCUGACAUGGUGAUACACCAGUUAGGUUUAGGGUUUAAAAACCUCUGUUGCCGAAACGUCGGACAUAGUAUUUUACAACGUAUAAUUUAUUUGUUAAACAGCAAUUUCCAACAGCAAAAAUAAAUUAUCGUAAUAUUGCA